GACAGACGACGGCAAUCAAAAGUUUCAAAAAUAAAACAGCAGUAGCCAAUUUAUUAUUGUAAUUCUAUUGUUCAUAGCGAAAUGAAUUUAAAAUCGGAGCGAGAUUUGGGUAGUGACUUUUCCAAAAAGGUAUUUGGAAAAGCCGAUAGUCCCGACACAAUAUAUCAGAAUUAUGUGAAACAAUUAGCCAAGCAUCAUUUUACAGUGAAAAACAUUAUUCAGGACAUUUUAGAAUGUAGGGAAUCAAUGGAAGCUUUAAACAAGCUGAAUGAGAAGGGAAGAGCUGCCAUAUCAGUGUUGCGAGAUGACCUGGAGAGUUUGGAGCUCUAUGGCAAGGAUGUUGGGAACAUCAAGUAUGGGAGUGAAGUCGAGUCACAAAGACAUCAACUAGCUUGUCUUCUAAAAGAAUUCAAGGAUGCCAACAUAACCAGUAUGUUUGCUAUAGAGAAGGCUCAAAGAGAGGACUUACUGAAGUCCGGUGAAGGGGACGAGAGUGGACUUAGGAAAAGAAAUACUAAAGUUGAUCGGGAUGGAUUGCUCAAAAUGUCCUCAGGUGUGACGGAACAGUUGUUGUCUAUUAGCAGACAACUAGCAGACACAGCGCAGCGGAGUCAAGACACAUUAGACAGCUUGGUGUCAUCCAGUUCUACUGUACAUGGUACGCAAUCAGAGCUACAAAACACAGCCAGCACAAUAUCUGAAUCUAGUAAAUUACUUAAGAAGUAUGGCCGACGAGAGUUUACUGACAAAGUUAUCAUGUUUUUUGCAUUCCUAUUCUUUUUAGCCGUCUGUCUGUACAUUGUACAGAAGAGGUUCUAAUUUAUUAUGGUUGUAAUCGUUUUAUGUAUAGGACAAUAUUUAUAAUGGAUUAUGAUAAUGAACUGUAAGUAAUAUAUAAUAAAAUUACUUCGAAUUUCA